AUGAAUCAAAAGAAAUUAAAAGAACUUGCCGAAAGUGCUAAUGCUAUUAAAAUCGGUGGCAAGGGUACAGCUCGUCGCAAGAAGAAAAUUAUUCAUCGACCAGCUAAUGUAGAUGAUAAAAAACUUCAAAGUUCAUUAAAAAAACUUGCUGCAAAUAAUAUUCCAGGCAUUGAAGAGGUCAAUCUAUUCAAAGAUAAUGGUGAAGUAAUUCAUUUUGCUAAUCCUAAAGUACAAGCAUCACUUGGUUCAAAUACAUUUGCUAUUAGUGGUGCUUCGGAUACAAAAUCUCUACAAGAUAUGUUACCGACAAUUAUGUCACAAAUGGGCAUGUCAGCUGAUGCAGGUUUAGCAAGUGAACUCGGUCGACGUAAGCUUGGUUCACAUGGUGAACAACAACAACCAGGUGAUGGACAAACUGGAACAACAAAUGAACAAGAAGGUGAUGAUGAAGUUCCUGAUCUUGUGGAAAAUUUUGAUGACGUAUCAAAUUCAAAAUGA